AUGUGGUUUUCCGUGGCUAUUGCGGCGUACGCACGCAUCUUUUGGUGGGCGAUACGCCACCUGCAGCAGCAGCUGCUGGCUGAGCUGAAGGCCGAGCUGCGGGUCCAUGCAGUCCAGCUGCAGCACCAGCACGUUCGAUUUCUGGCGGAGCCGCGGCAGCAGCAGGCCGACCUGCAGGCCGAGCUGCGGCAGCAGUAUGCCGACCUGCGGGCGGAGCUGCGGCAGCUGGCUGGGCGGCUGGAAAAGAUGGAGCAGCAACUAAGGAGGCGGCACCCGGCGCGCAAGAAGGGCUACGUGCGCGCGGUGCUCGCUGGCGCCCAUACCUGA